AGAAGUUGAAGGUUUCCAUAGAACCAGCUGCAAAGUUCCCAGAACACUAACAACACUAUGGCCAGUUAACUGGAGUAGGCUGCUGUGAAUUGGCCUCCCAUAACAGGUCCAGGGCUUGGAGCAGGAGCAGAAAAAGAAGGAUGGAAGCUGACCAAUGCAGAUUCCUGUUUCUAUUAUUUCUUUUCAUGUGCCAACUAUCUCCAGAAGUUGCUGCAGAAGUUCAGGAAUCCUCAGAUGAUCCUGGUGCUUCCCGGGAAACUGUGCAGCUCACAGAUGUCCCAGCUACCAUGGAAUUCAUUGCUGCUGCUGAGGUGGCUGUCAUAGGUUUCUUCCAGGAUUUAGAAAUCCCAGCAGUGUCCCUAUUCCACAGUAUGGUGCAAAAAUUCCAAGCCGUGUCAUUUGGAAUCAGCACGGAUUCUGAGGUUCUGGCCCACUACAACAUCACCGGGAACACCAUUUCCCUCUUCCGCCUGGUGGAUAACGAACAAUUGGAUUUAGAGAGCAAAGACAUUGAAAGCAUUGAUGCCACCAAAUUAAGCCGCUUCAUUGAGAUCAACAGCCUCCACUUGGUGACAGAGUACAACCCUGCGACUGCGAUUGGCCUAUUUAAUAGCAUGAUUCAGAUUCAUCUUCUACUGAUGAUGAACAAGGCCUCCCCAGAGUAUGAGGAAAGCAUGCACAGAUACCAAAAUGCUGCCAAGCUCUUCCAGGGGAAGACCUCAGAUAGAUGUUUCCCUUUCAAACCUCUCCAACUGCAGAUUCUUUUUAUUCUGGUGGACAGUGGUGUGAAGGCCAAUGGGAAAGUGAUCUCAUUUUUCAAACUAAAGGAGUCUCAACUGCCCGCUUUGGCAAUUUACCGGACUCUAGAUGAGGAAUGGGAUACACUACCCAGAGCGGAAGUUUCAGUGGAGAAUGUGCAGAACUUUUGUGAUGGAUUCCUGGGAGGGAAACGGCUGAGAGAAAAUCAUGAAUCAGAAGAAAAGACUCCAAAGGUGGAACUCUGAGCUCUCCCUGAUACUCCCGCAUACUACUAAGAAUUUACACGAUAUAACAAAAGGGCAACUCAAACUUCAGAGAUGCUAACCAACAGGAUGAACAGGCCUUAAACACACACACACACA